AAGGCGGGCGCUAGGUUUGAAUUCGAGGCGGGGCCGGGCCGGGGUCGCGCGCGGGCGGUUGGACAGGGGUGUUCUGAGGCGAUGGCGGGCCCGGCGCAGCUGCCCGCGGUGUGCGGCCGGCGGCUGGCCCAGCUCCUGCGGCAGGUGGAUGAUACCGACCUGCAGUGGCUGGCGGAGAUCCGUGAGGAGGCGGCUAAGAUGUUCACGAGCCACUACAGCGAUGAGCCGGAGCUGAUGCCCAAGACGCCGUCGCAGAAGAGCCGGCAGCGGAGGAAGCGCCUUUCUGCGCUCCGGGAGGAGAACCAGGAGCCCGGCAGGAAGAGAUUGUCUAGAAAGAGGAAUAGCAGUCUCAGACUGGCACCCCGUGCACGAUGCUCUCAACGACUCCGAAAUAAAGAAAACCUAGAACUCAGUAGGGCUGAGGCCAAAGAUGUCUCUCCACCAAAACGUGUGACAAGAUCUCAGACUGCAACACUUGCUAAAAGCACAGAGAGCUUUCCUAAGACGCCUCCUGGCCAGCAAGCAGGAGAGAAGGUUCCCUUAUCCGAAGCUGAUAUUGGUGAUCACGUUAACAUGAUGACAGACCUCCAGAAGAGUGCAUCUAAACCAGCGAAACAGCUCUCCACAACCAUCCUCUUAAGCUUAGAUGAUUGUUCUCCUGAAAAAAUCUGGGUUGCCAAAUCGCCGCCUGUGCCUGCAGCCACUGAGCUGAUAGUUCCUCAUACCCCUGAAGCAAGUGAUGCACAAGAAAGCAAGCCUGCAUCUUGGCUGAACAAGGCAAAGGCAGCUAAUAGUACAGUCAUUUUAAGUGAAACGCCUGGGCUAGAGGAGGUACAUGAGACUGCUCAGGUGCAGGAGGGGUCUGAUAAGGAGCCUUCCCAGCCCAUAAGGGAUAGCCCAGAGACUCCGACAGGUUCUAGGCUCAGCCGUCACUCAGUGCGCAGAAGUCUGAUGGGUAAAACUUCCCUGAUUCACAGAACCUCCUUGGCAGAGAAAUACUCUCUAGCUAGCAAGAGGGAAAGUAUGAUCCGCAAAUCUGUCACCAGGACAAUGGUCAAGAGGAAGGCAGCUCAAAAAUCAUCCGUGUCUUCCAGUUGCAUGGAUAUCUCCAGCUCUGGAGCAGUGCCAGAGGAUGAAGAAACAGUUGUCAAAACUAGGUCUCCUCCUGGACCUUCUCCCCCCUCCAAGUUGAAUCCUCAAAGUCCCCAAAUGUCACUUCGCUCUCAAACCAUGAGCAGAAAUGAACAGCUGCAGGAGACAAGCAACAACGAAAGCAACUUAAAUAAGAAAGGGGAGACCCAGGAAUCACCCCAGAGUGCCAGGAGAAAGCCAAGUUACAAAAGAGCUGUGGAUGAAUGCUAUGACAGUCAGCAAGCAGAAGAUGGAGGGCUUUCUCCUCCAAGAAGAAAGACGCCAUCCCCUGCCUUUCCAGCCAGCAAAGUUGUCCGUCCUUUCAAAACAUUUUUGCACACUGUACAGAAAAACCAGCUCCUCAUGAUGCCAGCCUCUGUGGGAAAAAAUGGAGUAAUAAAAUCUUUUAUCAGGUACAACACUCCUAUCCAGUCUGAUCCCAAGGGUCAGGCAAGUAUGAGGGUGCAGCUUCACAGAUGCGCCUAUGGACUUGCUGGAAGCUGGCAUGUCGAGCACAGAUCGCUCAUGCUUCCCAUACACAACAACUGCCUGCAGAAUAAGGAAAAGGAGAGACAGAAGCUAGAGACUCUAAGGAAAAAACAGGAAGCCGAGCAGCUGAGAAAACAAAAACUGGAGGAAGAAAAGAAACGGCGACUAGGAGAGGCAAAGCUGAAGCGUGAGGAGCGCCUGCGCAAGGUGUUGCAAGCUCGGGAACGGGCAGAGCAAAUAAAGGAAGAGCGGAAAAGGCGCAUUGAGCAGAAGAUAGCUCUGUUUGAUGAGAAAACUGAGAAGGUGAGGGAAGAAAGGUUGGCAGAGGAGAAGAUCAAAAAGAAAGCAGCUGCUAAGAAAAUGGAAGAAGCAGAGGCCCGGCGCAGGCAUGAUGAAGAGGCCAGAAAACAAAAAGCACUGCAGCAGGAAGAGGAGGAACGUCGGCACAGAGAACUAAUCCAGAAGAGGAAGGAAGAGGAGCAGGAACGUGCCAGGAAGAUUGCUGAGCAGAGACAGGCAGAACAGGAGAGAGAAAAACAGCUGGCUGCAGAGAGAGAGCUGGAGAGGAAGAAGGAGCAGGAGAGGAUCCAGGCAGAAAAGCUACGUGAAAAGCAGGAGAAGGCUGCUCGCCUGCAGAAGGAAGUGUUGGCUGCUAAUGAACAGCUCCGUAAGGAGAUGGAGAAGAAAGAACAGGAGAAGAGGCUAGCAGAGAUGAGGAGGCAGGAGCAAGAGCAGAAGAAACUGCCAGAGGAACAAAAGGCUAAAGAUAAAGCCCAAACACAGCACCUAGAAAACAAAGAGAAUUCACCUGUCUGCACUUCAUAUCAGAUGACUCCACGGGCCCAGAAAGAUCCAAAGCCCCCCCCAGUAAAUCCAGACAACUAUGGAAUGGAUCUGAACAGCGAUGACUCUACUGAUGAUGAAAGCCAGCCUCGCAAGCCCAUCCCUGCCUGGGCCACUGGGAAUCAGCUUAGCCAAACUGUAAUGCACCAGUACUACAACCCUCCCGAUGUUGAUGCACUCUUUGGGGUGAUUGCAAGCCCCAAGCUGGAGGACAUCUUUUACAAAAGCAAACCACGCUACUUCAAGCGCACAAGCUCUGCUGUGUGGAAUUCCCCGCCAUUUUCAGGUGCCAAAUCGGUUCUAGGUCUGCCAUACAGCCUGAAAAAGUACUGAGGUGGGCAGUGGAUGUUUCUUGUGGAGCAGUGGGUAUGCAUUUCUGUCUCUCUAGGUGAGAAAAGCUACUGUUGGUAUCUGUAAAUCUUCAGGUGUUAGCAGUGAAUAAAUGUCAACUCAUACUGGGCCUCUUGCAUUUUCUGGUUUUGGGGCUUAUUUUCUCACUGUUAAGCAAAACAGCAAGCUUUUGGGAGAAACUGCCUCAGGAAAAUGCAUCUCCUUUUACCCUUCGCUUUAAGCUGGCAAAGAUUUAGACCUUUAGGUCAUGAGAGUGCAUCACCUAAAGCUAUGUGAUCCUCCCCUCCUCAGCCAAGCAGGCUUGCCAGCGGUAAACCAAAGUUGUAUGUCUGCCUGUCCCUGCUUACCUCGUGGCUGAAGCCAGAGUACAGCUAAGAGUCACCGCGCCCAUCGGGAGUGCCAUCCAAACAUGUACUACUGAUGUUCUGCAGAAGCAAGAUACUAGCAGUUGUGGUCUUUGUCGGCUCCCACAAAUCACAAAAUGAUUUUUGUUUCAUUUUUUCAGCAGGAUGCUUUUUGCCAACGCCAAGUGCAGUUAUGUGCAUAAGCUAGAUUGAUGCUGGUGUUUCCACAGCUCGGGCUGAAAUGUGCUGAGGGUUUUAUUGGCUGACCUGCUGCUGCUGGAGGGGGAUGUGACCCUCAGUGUCAUCAUGUCUCCAGGAAUACCCAGAGUAGUGUAAGCAGUCUUAGUUGCUCUAGGCUUUAAAAGAAAUUGUACAAAGGUUCUGAUAGAAUUUUGUUUCUCUAAAUUCCAGGUGCGUGGCAUAGAUUGGAUUGAAAGAACUAAUUUAACUUCAAUCCCUGUCUUUCUCCUUUCUCCCUUUGGCUGUUUCAUUUGUUCAGCAUCAAAACUAGUUUUAUUUCUAGGCCUGUUUUGCAAUUCAUGUUCAAUGAGACAGUGUCAAAUGGACUGUUAUCAAAACCAUUUCCUUUUAACAGCAAAAUACCAGCUCAGAAUUUCGGUUCCGAGAGCACUUGGCAUAUUAGUCAGCCUUUCUACACCUAACUUGCGAAUGGCACAGAUGUAACAAGCUCCUGCGUAGGGAGAGAAGAGAUCUCAGUAGAACACUACUUACUGGAAAGAGUGUAAGGGAAACAGUUACAUUAGUUUCUGUAGGUUGUUCUAUAGGUUGCCUAAUCUGCAGAAGACAGACUCCUAGGGUUCUUACCUCAGAUGAAUCUUUUCUUUGAGGCUUGAUUUGUUUUAAAGAUGAGUGAGUGUUCACGGCUGCAGUUUCAGUAAGCAGAAGACUGAAGAACAUAGUUUCUGUGUACGUACAACUUGGUCCUUAAAAAAAAACAACACCGUAGGGAGAUUAUACAACAUGUAAGAAGACUUCUACCUUACCUUGUGCAUAUAGUAAAACCAUUUUAAGCAAAUGUCUUUAAAAUGAUGUGGGGUUUUGUAUUUAAAUACAUCAACUGCUGGAUUCUAUGCUGUGGAUUAGUGUUUUAUACGUAUGAGAUGAUUGUCCUUUGAUAGAUGCUCUGUAGAUUGAGUUUUGUAUCUUGGAGUGAACGUAACCUUUUUGUAAGAAUCCUUGCUGAAAUGGCAAAAACCUUAAAGUUGAAUGCUAUUUUAAUGUCUGACAAUUUGAUAAAAGUGAGUUAAAUAAUC